UGAUUUCUAGAAAGUUCUCGGGCAUGCAAUCGAUCAGUGGAGGUGGUAGUGGAGUUAGCUGUUGCAUUCAGGGACUUUGGUCUCUUCUUGUGAAAAUUUGGUUUUCUUACAAAUUCUGGUGAUUAAACAACAAUGGAAGCAGUUAUGUGUGGCUCAUCUUUACACCAAAAGUGCUGAACGAAGAUGGAGAGCCCGAUUCCGUUACCGAUGUGGUGACGCCGCUUACUACGCUGGCGAGUUUAUUCGUGAAUAGUGUCCUUCUUGUCCUCGAAAACGAGUAAGAAUUUUAGUUUCCUUUUUUGUCGUGUCAUGUGGGACGUUAGACUAUGUAUCCCUUUUAGUCGAUUGUGAGAUGAAUUAGAAGUCAAGAAAAUUUUAAACGCUUUCCACUUGAAGCGCCUUUGACCAGACUUUGAUCACGUGACUUUGUUGAUGGUGACGUUUUUGGGCUCUCCAUCUGACAAUAUUUUUUCUCGUGUCCUUUAAUUGAAAAACCCGAAAAUUUCAUUAUGUCAGACGCGUCAAAUGUUAAACGAUUUUGCCGAAGGUGCAAAGCACAUGGUUUUAAAGCUGGAAUACAUUCAGCAUGCCCUUUUAAAUGUUGCAAGUGCGCGGAGUGUGAGAAGAUUGCAAAACACAACGAAAUGGCGCGAGAGCGAGCUCGAAAAAGACGUGCCGACGAGCUGGCCGGACCAUUGCUACCCUCAAGCAGCGUUGACCUGACUAUUGAGCAAGUCAUCCAACUUGCAAACAAGAACUCGGGUACUGAAGUGGCGAAAAAAAAGAUGUCCACAACUGCCCUUAAAGCCGGUAUGUUGUCAACCUCGUGAUCUUUUGAUCCAAUUUUUUGUUAAUUUACCUUUCCAACUAUUUUAGUUACUCUUAAGGUAUCUUAUUGCCUUUGAAAGUACCGUUUGUAUUUGAAGUAAACCUUUUUAAAAAUCUUGGACAGGAAAAUUUGUUGUUACAGUAAUUUGUUGCACUUUGGCUUGUACAUGAAAUUCUCGUGAAUGACACACAAAUUAUUUGACAGAUUUCCCGAUGUUGCCUAAAAUACAUUCUCAGAAUAGCUUUUACAGUGCAGUUUUGCGAUUUCAUUAAUGUUAAAAUUUCACAUUUUUAUUAGUAAUGCUUCUCUAACAAUUUUGUUAUCAAGUCAGGGCACUGAAUGAGAGAAAGGAUCAAAUUUCAGUAGUUUUCUUUGACAUCUGGGACGUCACUAUUUUCAUUGCUUGUGUACUUAUCAGCGGCCAUCGUGUAAAGCCAUGACAAAUUUUUCCCACUUAUCUGGCUUCUCAUCAACACUUACUAAUAAAGUGUGAUAUGGUAUUGUUAAAAAUUAAAUUUGCUUAAAAAGUAAUACAGUAAAACCAACAACUAGAGACGGUCUAAGAACCUGGAUUUUUCUAAGUUAGCCUAAACAGGAUCCCAUAUAAAUGGUAGUUAGUUUAAGGUUUUAAAUUAGUCCUCGCCUUUCAUGACUGGGGUGAUUUUCACACGCGCUUGCGUUUCGCUCGCUCUACUAUCUCUGAGAAAAAAAUAGGGAUUACUCAUAGUCUCUUCUUAUAUAGGUUCUUUCUGAAAAAAAAAGAUGCAAUAUAGCUAAGAGUAUUCAGUGGUUCAGCUUUUUCCUUACAUAAAAGCUGCAAACCAUAACAUUGCAGUUGGAGUGUUAAGGCACCCGUGUCUCCCCACAAACACCAUUUGUGGGUGCGAUGAAGUAUAAGUUCCCCAAAAAAUCCUGCAUGGGGAGCUAAGAAAAUAAGAGCCUGAUUCACAUUUUAGGCUGAACAGGUUCCUGUAUACAGGGUGCUUAACUGGCAAAAUUUGAGCCUAACAGGUUCUUAGUCUCAGGGUCUUACUGUUAUUAUUCUUAUGGGUUAUGCAUUGUUCAUUUCUACGUGUAAACCAUCCCCUUCCCCUGGGAAUUUGUAAGUUUUAUUACUUGGCAGUCUAUUCCCCACCUCAAGGCAUACAGAAAAAGACAAUUUCUCACCCCUGCACUCCUCAUUAACCACACAUAACAUUGUUUUGGGUACAGGAUAAAUGUUUCUAAGGUUUUCUAUUUCAUAAAAACACUAGACUGAGAUCUCUGUUUUGCAAGCCGGGCAUCCAUAUUUAUAUACAGUCUAUUUAAGUUGUCUUGUUAUAUAGAUAAAUUCACUUAAGAAAUAUUUCUUUGUUGGUGACGAAAGCCAUCCAUCCAAGUAUGCGUCAUAUGCACAUUGGUUCUACAAUAAAAAUUUCGUGGUUCAAACAAUCUUGAAAAGGUCUUGAAUUUUAGUAGUCGUCUUGAAAAGUCCUUGAAUGUGGUUUAGGUCCUUGAAAAGAAAUAGAUUUCUUUAGUAGGUCUUAAAAGUCCUUGAAAUUCACAACUUUGUCUACGCAUACACCAUUUUCUGUAGAGUUAGAUUUUAUUUUGCCGAGGAAAAUUUGGCUCAUCUUCAUAGGCAGAAAGAACCUGUAAAAUUCACGGCCAACGUACAAACAUUUUUAGUAAAAGGACAAUGUUUUAUUUAUUAUCAAUAUUAUUUUAAAUGACUCCAUGACGUGUUUUAGCCAAUAGGGUGAUCAAAGGGGGUUAAAGACCUUGAAAACUGUAAGUUGUCCUUGAAAAAUCCUUGAAAAGUCCUUGAAGUUUGUGUGUCUGAAGUUGUAAGAACCAUGAAGAUAUAAGCAUACCUUUCAGAAUACAGAUUUUACUUUUGAGUGGUUAUUUGUUUCUAACCAGACUGCAACAAAUUCUUGAGAUUUCCCCAGGAAAGAACAGUCUUAGGAGUCUUCUCCGUGCAGUCUGGCACCAUCAUGUCAACUCAGAAAUGACAUAAUUCACAAGAACAACAAAAAUGUGAUUUUUGAUUUCCCUGCCCCCUAUCCCCGGGACAGGACCGCUUCAAACAAUUCCCCCCUCAGGCCUGAAGGGCUGGACUUGUCUUAGGGGUUGACAGGAGGGAUGUUGACACAUUGAAUUGAACCAUGCAAUACCCUCUCAGAAAUCCAACGAAAAAAAGAACACAUGACAGGUAAAUUGAACUGAUGUGACUUGGUCCAAAUUUAACAAUACAUUAAAUUUAUUGUGUAUAUAUGUAUAUACUGUUGUUUAGAGAAACAGAAAAGCAGAAGACUUGAGAUGUCGAAAUAUGAUCUGUUUGUUAACAACUUUAUGAGCUCUUUGAGUGAAGCAGACAAGUUGAAGAGCCCACUUUCCAACAUGGCACGUGCCACCAAGGCCUGGAUGGAAGAAAGGCAACAUACCAUAAGCGGUCGUGUAAAGAACACAAGUGCAAGGCAAGGAGAUGAAUUAAACGCCCUGGGGCUAACUGAGUACAGUGAUGUGGAGCACGUGAACCUGGGACUUCCAUCCUCACUUGGUUCAGAACUUCAGAAUACUGGUUCAGGACUUCCAUCAGCUCAUGGCUCUGGUGAUGAGAGUGCUGCUCUUUUGGUUGACAUUUCCCCCCAGCUGUCACCUCCACAUUUGGAAAUGCACUUGACAAGUGCAAAUGAGGAGGUAGAGAAUGCUGCUCUUUUGGCCAACAUUUUCCCCCAGCUGUCACCUCCACAUUUGAAAAAGCACUUGACAAGUGCAAAUGGGGAGGUAGAGAAAGCAAUUGAUGCCAUUCUCCUGGAAAGUCCCUCUCAAAAUAUGGUAAACAACAGCAACUUAAAUGUCCUCGUGCAAAUGUUCCCGCAGUUUAAACAAGAGGGCAUUGCUAAAGCUUUGCAGUCGUGUGAUAAUAAGCUGUAUGAUACUGUGGAUCUACUUUUGAAAUUAUUACCUGUCAGUGAGGAGAGCAAGAGAAGGGAUUCCCCGGUAAUAUCUUUUUCCCAGACUGUUACUAGAGCAGUCAGUAACAUUCCUGAUACUGAUCUAAAUCCUUUUGCUGUGGCCUUGAGCAGCACAUCCACUGCCUCGGGUUCAAGGAAAGCUGCAUUCUGUAAGCGCUGUGGCCACCAUUUAUCAGGGAGUGUCAUGGGAGGUCUCUGCCCAAACCCUGCAUGUGGCCAACCAUUUAAACCAAAGUUGAGGAUGUAAGACAAACAACCAAGGAAAAGAAUAGAGGCAUGUGUUUUUUUAUGCAUCCAGUAAGUGAGUUAAGUUAUAUAGGCAAUGUUGCAAAGCAACAUUUACAAAAUCUUAUGACAUCAGUAUGAAACAGGCCUUUUGCAACAAAAAUGAUGGUCACCUGAUUGUUCUCUUAUCUGUGAAAAUGAAUUCAAAACAAAUACUUUUUGGAAAACUAUUUUUAACAGAAGUUGAUUUAAAGCAUUUUAUGAUUAGCGAACAUAUAAAUUGUCAGACCUGUAUCUCAAAAGUAGCAAUUGCUGUAGUCUUGAAAAUUAGAAGGAUCUUCAUGUGGGAAGAACUCUUGCUAUUCAACCAUCAUUAUUUUAGGGGUCUUCAAAAAAAAAUUAUAUUUCUCAAAGUAAUACAGGCUAGACCUUGUGACUCGAUACAUGACCUUGUAAUUCAUUACAGGUUAAGACCUUCACAAUAUCUCAGCAUCGUACAGCAUUGGUCUGGAAAUGGGUGUCCUUGCUAAUAUUCGAACAUACUCUUUCCAUUUUUGAAAGUUAGAUUACUCUAGCUUCAAGGCUCUACUAAGGGAAAUCAGUCAUGUGAUCAACAAAGGGCCUAUAGUCUCAGCAACUUGACACAAAGUCAU